AACCAUUCACAUAAGAAGGGAGGGAACCAUCUUGAGCAUUUUGUAAUCGUUACUGUCGUCGCAUUUCCGCCGACUGAAGCCAACGGGAAACUUGUGGUAACUGGCUGAGCAGGAAGUAGUGGUAGAGUUAGCGUCUAUAAUAUUUGACCUCUGCACUCAGUACGUUACGUAUGUUUUGGACUUCCUGGCUGUGGGUUGAUUUGUAUCCUCGCGACCAGCCGUUGGUCACAGCGACGUCACGUCGUUUGGCUGGUUGAUUCUGGGAGGGACCGAGGAGUGACCGCUGCGAUAAGGCUGCCCCGCCUUUUAAAACCAGGCUAUAUCACUGGACCACCGGCAUGCCAGAGGGUGCAAACAAGCAGUCUGCUCUUCUUCGCCUUCUGCACACAUUAUAAAAGCCGUCCAGGGUGGGAGAUGAAAAUGUGGCUGCCUAUGAUUGGGAUGACAGCCUUGCCUAACAUUGGAGGGCUCUUUACUGGCCUCAUUACACGCAGAGAAGUAGAGACCUGGUACCCAACUCUGAAAAAACCCUCAUGGCGCCCACCAAACUCUGCUUUCCCUGUUGUGUGGACAUGCCUGUACACAGGAAUGGGGUAUGGCUCCUACCUGAUCUGGAAAGAGCUUGGCGGUUUCACUGAGGAUGCAUUGGUUCCACUGGGACUUUAUGGGCUACAGCUGGCUCUGAACUGGGCCUGGACUCCAAUUUUCUUUGGUGCACACAAGCUGAAAUGGGCUCUGGUGGAGAUCGUGUUUCUCACUGGGACGGUUGGAGCCACCAUGGUGUCUUGGUAUCCCAUCAGCCGCACCGCCUCACUGCUCCUCGCUCCCUAUCUGUCCUGGCUGUGCCUCGCCACAGCCCUCAGCUACUGCAUAUGGAGAGAUAACCCAGAGAAAAAGGAAGAGUAGAACUUGUUUCAGUGUGCCUAUUUCAGUUACUAAAUCUAAUUCAUGACAUUAAAUUACUUUACAGAAAUAACAGAUCAGUUUCACAGCUAAGCUUUUUGAAUUUAUGAUUCAGCUUUUGUCAAGGGUUGAUUAGAUCGGUUUGACAAGGACCUGUCUUUCUAAUGUUUAUAGGGUGGCUAAAGUACAAGUUAUUAAGAAAUCGUAUCCAUUUGUCCUGCAGACCAAUAUGCUCUUCCUGUUUCAUCACUAUAAACUUGAGCAAGUGUCAUUUGGCCUAAUAGGCAGCUCUAAAAUGUGCAUUGUUCUUUUCAAACCAAUGAAGUCAGUGAAACUAUACUAUAUUGUUUCAAAGCUUUUACAGAGUUCCAGUGUAUGGCCAGACGCCUUGAAUAUCCAUACGUAAUGUGUAUGCUGCAUGUUUAAAGGGGGCAUAUCAUGCUUUUAAAUUCUUCCUAUUCACACUUAAAUCAUUCAGUUGUGGUCUAUAUAAAGUUGAACUGUAAUGCUUUGAUGUGAACUCCUUGUUGGAGCUCCACAGUCUCAUUUUUUGCCCCUAUGGGGACGGCAUAAUGAAUUGUGUGGGUUAAUACACAUAAACAACCGAAUUGAACUUAUGCUCUUUCACCUCGGACUACAAAAUUACAGCAAGACAAAAAAAAAGGUGGAUAUGUAAAAUUGGUCAGCCUUAAGUCCAUGACCUUAUUUAGUAGUUCUGCAGCAAAUACUGUGACGUAACAGUUCAAAAAAUGGAAAGGAGAAAAUUAGAUGGGUUGAAAAAUAGGACCCACACAUAAAAUAAAGAUAUCCACACAGCACCCGGAGAGAUAAAGUUAAACUUUUCUGGACUCCUACAGAUUCCCAAUACGAGACAAAAUGUAUUUAAGGGCUAAAAAGAGUGGAUUUUGCAUGAUAUGUCCCCGUUAAUUUAGGAUCCAUAUUGGGACUGAAUUGUAACGCUGUAUUUAUGUGCUUCCUUUAUGAAUAUUGAAAAGAAAUUCUUCCCAGCCGUGCUUUUCUUGUUAACAUUUAUGGGUGUGACUUAACUAAAUAUAAAAUAAGUUUGGCGUUCCAAAAUGCAUAUUUUCCAUUUGUAAAUAAAAUAAAUUUUUAAGCAAA